UAUCAACAUCUCCAUCAACAACAAACAUAAAACACUUAACCAAAUUCCCAAACUACAAGUCUACAAUAUCAUUCUCAUUCGGUGGAGUUUCAAGUCUUGUAACACACUCUCUCUCAUCAUUCAUCACUGAAACACAUCCAAUUUUCUAGAGAGAGAAAACCAUGGGAAAAGAAGAAGCUUUGAAGUUUGACAAAUGGGGAUAUCCAGUCAAUACUACUUCUAAUCACUGUAUUUCUGCCAUUAAUGAUUUCUAUGAACAGGUGUUGAAUUAUGGGAGAAAGAGGUCAAUCAUAUUGGAUGCUCCAGUUCAUGAUGAAAGCUGUGUUUUAGGGAAUACGUUGGCUGCACAUUUCUCUUUUUCUAGUCACCCUUCUGAAGCUCUUUCAUUUCUUCAAUCUGCCAAGUCCCACUAUGAUGAAGCAACAGUUUAUGAGAAAGCAGUGUUUGAUGCCGUUUCUUGUAUAAUUUCUGAUGAUACGGAUGAUGAUGUAGCACUUGAGUUCCAUUUUAAGUUAUUAAGGGAUUUCCCAAAGGAUCUAUCCUCCUUGAAGAGGGCUCAAAUACUUUGCUUCUACAUGGGGCAGCCUAACCCUUCUCUUGAUCUAGUGCAGCAGGUACUACCCGAGAAUGAAGAGGAAGCUUACAUUUAUGGCAUGCUUUCUUUUCCUCUGUUGGAGCUCGGACAGAUGGAGGAAGCUGAAAGAGCUGCUAGAAAGGCACUUGAGAUCAACAAGCAAGAUGUUUGGGCACAACAUUGCCUGUGCCAUGUUCUUCAACAUGAAUGUCGUUUCGCUGAAGCUGUACAGUUCAUGGAAGAUUGCUCGCCUUCAUGGAGUUCCUGUUCGUCAUUCAUGUACACACAUAAUUGGUGGCACGUUGCUCUAUGUUACUUGGAAGGUCAUUCUCCGGUUGCAAAGGUCUUAGAUGUGUAUGACCAUUGUAUCAUGAGGGAAAUAGAUAGAACUGAUGCAACACGCCCAGAGGUUUAUUUAAAUGCAUUGGGAUUACUAUUGAGAUUACAUAUACGAGGUCAAAUAAGUCUAUUUGAGGAUCGUUUGAAGAAUUUAGCUGAACUUUUGACUGAUAAAUCGCUUUGGUACUUGGAAUGGCAGCUUGAUUUGUUUAUAUUAUGGGCUUUAACAAAUACGGAUAAGCUUCCUGCAGCACAAGAGUUGCUUAAAGGCUUGAAGCUCAGAGUGUCAAAUAUGAGCGAUAAGAAGCAGCAGCAGUUUCAAAGAGGGCUCUCUCUUGCCGAAACUAUAUACGAGUAUGGUAGAGGUAAAGAUGAACGUGCCCUGCAGCUCCUAGGUUCAGAUUUUGAUGCUUGUGAUUAUAAGGCAAUAGGAGCAUCCGAUGAGCAAAUCGAUGUGUUUAAUGAAGUUUGGUAUAUCUUGCUACUGAACACUGGGAAAGCUGUGAAAGUGAUAGACGCAAUUGAGAAGCGACUUAAGAUGAGGGAUGGUGUGCCCUUUUUAUGGCGUCUAUUGGAGAGAGCAUACUCAAUGAUGGGCAGGGAGGAAGCUGUGAGAGCGGCUGAUAAGGCAAACCAUCUGGAGAGGAUAUAUUUUCAAUAGCUGUAUGUAUGUACUAUGUAUUUAGUUAAACGAGGGGAUGCAUCCCCUUCAAAGAAUGCAUAGAGUGCAUAUUGAUAUGAAGGUGUAAAAUAGUGAAUAAAGUGGUGUAAGAAACAUGUAAAGAUCGAACAAGCCAUUUUAGACAUCAAGGGUGAACAAUUGACAUCGUUGUUGCACCAAUGAUCUAUACCAUGCUUUGAAUAAAGACAUAGCUUAAAAUUUGCAGGUUUAUA